GUCUGUCCGACAAGGCACUGUGGUCUUACUCUCUGCCAGUGGUGGUCAGUGGGAAGCAUCAUCAUGACCCUCACUGUUAUGGCUCUGCUCUACAUUGGGCUGAGUCUGAACUCCAGGUCUCGAGUGCAGGCAGAGACUCUCCCCAAACCCACCCUUUGGGCUGAGCCAAGCUCUCUGAUCACUAGGGGGUGGCCUGUGACCAUUUGGUGUCAGGGGACACUGGAAGCCCAAGAGUAUCAUCUAUACAAAGAAAGAAGCCAAGAGCCCUGGGACACAAAGGCUUCAGUAGAGUCAGGGAACAAAGCUAUGUUCUCCAUCCCAUUCAUGACAGAGCACCAUGCGGGGCGAUAUCGCUGUCACUAUUUCAGCCUUAAUAUCUCUUCAGAACACAGUGACCCCCUGGAGCUGGUGGUGACAGGAUUCUACAGGAAACCCAGCCUCUCAUCCCUGCCCAGCCCUGUGGUGGACUCAGGAGGGUCUGUGACCCUCCAGUGUGGCUCACACCAGGGAUAUGCCAAAUUUAUUCUGAUUAAUGAAAGAGAACCCAAUCUCUCCUGGACCCUGGACUCACAGCGACACCCCAGUGGGCAGUACCAGGCCUUGUUCUCUAUGGGCCCUGUAACCCCUGGCCACAGAUGGACAUUCAGAUGCUAUGGCUAUUACAGCAGGACCCCCCAUGUGUGGUCAAUACCCAGUGACCCCGUGGAGCUUCAGAAUUCAGCUUCCACCUUCCAGAACUACAUGGUGUUGAAUGGUGUCCGCAUGGGUCUGGCAGGGGUGGUCUUGUUGAUCCUGGUGGUGAUUCUCGGAGAAGCUUGGCACAGCUCAUGGAGACCAGAGAACAGCAAUCAGAAACCUUAGAUUCCUGAGCCCCAAGAAGGACACACCCAAGUUCACUGUGGCUCUUACUGGCAACCAAGGAUACUUUGCAACCAAGGAUGCAAAGUAUGAAUUCACACAGAUGGUUCCAAUCCUGAUGUGACAUUACACAAUCUUUUCACCUUUAUGGUACGCUGUGUCUCAUGGUUGAAACCCCAGGUCCUCAUAAAUUUAUGUAUUUGCUGUGUUUUGUUCAAUUUUUUGUGGUUGUGUUCUUCAACAGAAGUAAACUUAGUAUAUUAUAUUUGUUUUAGUUGUCUUUGGGUGUGUUUUUUCACCUUUUACAACUUCAUUAAGUGUCUUGGAAUACAAAUAUCAUUUCUGGUUCACAAAGUCACAGCUACACAAAAUGACUCACAUGGAGACUUCCCACAUCACCCUACACCCCUCAUCCUGGAUGUAACUUUCUUUAUUGGUUUCUGAUUUUUAAAGUGAAAAUGAUAAGCGAAAGCAAGGACA